CCUGGGGAGUCGCUGAGGCUGGAGAGGAAGCUGGGAGCCGGGCAGUUCGGGGAAGUGUGGAUGGCUACCUACAACAGGCACACCAAGGUGGCCGUGAAGACGAUGAAGCCGGGCAGCAUGUCCGUGGGCGCCUUCCUGGAGGAGGCCAACCUGAUGAAGACACUGCAGCACGACAAGCUGGUGAAGCUGCACGCCGUGGUCACCAAGGAGGAGCCCAUCUACAUCAUCACCGAGUUCAUGGAGAAAGGGAGCUUGCUGGAUUUCCUGAAGAGCGCCGAGGGGAACAAGCAGCCACUCCCAAAGCUCAUCGACUUCUCUGCCCAGAUUGCAGAAGGAAUGGCUUUUAUUGAGAAGAGGAACUACAUCCACCGCGACCUGCGAGCUGCCAACAUCCUGGUGUCAGCACUGCUGGUGUGCAAGAUCGCCGACUUCGGGCUGGCCAGGGUUAUUGAAGACAACGAGUACACGGCCCGGGAAGGUGCCAAGUUUCCCAUUAAGUGGACUGCCCCAGAAGCCAUCAACUACGGAUCCUUCACCAUAAAAUCAGAUGUCUGGUCCUUUGGGGUCCUCCUGACUGAGAUCAUCACCUACGGGCGCAUCCCAUACCCAGGGAUGUCCAGCGUGGAGGUGAUCCGGGCGCUGGAGCGCGGCUACCGCAUGCCCCGCCCCCCAAACUGCCCCGAGGAGCUCUACGAGGUCAUGCUGAGGUGCUGGCAGAGCAAACCGGAGGAUCGUCCCACCUUCGAGUACCUGCAGAGCCUCCUGGAGGAUUUCUUCACUGCCACCGAGACCCAG